CCCAAGCACAUGAUGCGAGUUUUCUAGUGACUUGAUUUGUUUGAAAAGUGACCAUAUAGCGUGUUGAACGGGGACGUUUGUCAGAAAGGUUUGUCAAAAUGGCAACAGUUUCUGGGUCAUCUUAUUCUAUUGCUAAAGGUUCUGAGUGUGAAAUACCAGUAAACUUUUAUUGUUCGACCUGCGAAGAUCAUUCUAAAAAGAUAGAUGCUGAUUUUUACUGUGAAAUAUGUCUGAAGUUUUUCUGUAUAACAUGUAAUCAAUUACAUGGUCAGUUGCAUGUGAAACACACCGCACUUGGAAGGAAAGAUAAAAAUCGAUGGCCAGUUUCAAAGAACGUAGAGGAAUUUCUACUCGAUUGUGAAGAUCACAAAGAUAAAAAAGUGGAAAUGUACUGCCCGGAACAUAGUAAGCUGUGCUGCGCCAAUUGUGUUUUACUGAAUCACAGAACAUGCAGAAAGGUUGCACUUAUUUCUGAGAUCUGCACGAAAGAGUCAACCGACCUAUAGAAACUGGUAGAAAAGAUUCAAAGAAUUCUUAAUGAAUUUAAAAAGCUUAAGCAAACUUGGAAAACUUGUAUUCAGUCUCUGCAGAGUUCAUACGAUGCACAAUUACAGGUUUUACAAGAAACACGUAAAGCAAUUAAUGAUGAAUUAGACAAGAUUGAGAAGUUCACUAUAAAGGAAAUGACCGAAAAACUGGAAACCUUACAAGCUUCUCUUUGGAACGACAUUACAACAAGUAAAACGCUUAAGGAUGAAAUAAAACGACUCGGCAAUGCCAUACAUGAUAUAUAUUAUAAGGGCAAUGAAGAAUUUAACUUUAUUGCCGAAAAGAAAUGCCUAAAGAAAAUACAGAUUUCGGAAGAGUAUAUUGAAAGUAACUCUGAAAAGGCAGUUUAUUCAUUAAUAUUCAAGGCUGACAAUGAUAUUCAGAAAUUGCUUUGCCAAUUUCCAAGACUUGGUUGGAUUGAAUGCAGUAACUGGGGAUUGACUGUAAAAGAGACGUCUGAGUAUAAUAUGCUAACAGCGGAUGAUUCCACAUGUACAAUCAAAGCUUUAUGUGUUCGACAUGAUGGUAUGAUCAUAGUUGCAGAUCAGGCAAACAAGAAAAUUAAGCUGCUUAAUCAGCAAUACCGGAUUAUCACCCAUUGCGAUGUAUCUGCUGAGCCACAGGACGUGUGUGAGAUCUCUUUUGGUGAGAUAGCAGUUGCUGUGGAUGGAUGGUUCACAAAAGAGAUUCAGUUUAUAUUUGAGCUCAAUGGACAGCUAGUAAAUGGCAGAAAGCUUGAGUUACAACAUCCAUGCUAUGGAAUUUCAUACCAUGACGGCAAACUCUAUAUAACUUCAAGUACUGCUUUGUACAAGUAUUCACUUUGUGGAAAACAAGAAAGCAAGAUAUUUGAGGAUACAUCUGCUAAAAAUACAUUAUGGAAGUGUGCUGUGAGCCCCACUGGGACCAGGGUUUACAUUACCAACCAAUCACAGAAAAAGCUCCUCACCGUCGGAAUGGAUGGAUCAGUCCUGGCUUCUUUCACUCACCCCGAACUGCGAUUACCAUAUGGCGUUCAUGUGACACCUGCAGGCAAGGUACUGGUGUGUGGAAAAGAGUCCACAACUGUCAUACAGGUGGACAGUGGAGGCAAGAUGAAGCUGGCCACUCUUGCUUCAAAGUGGGAUGGAAUUAAUUUCCCACGUUCCGUCUUUUACAACAAGAAUACGGCGUCAAUCAUAGUGGGACAUUUUGGAAACGACAUUCUUGUAUUUAGAUUGGUAUAGAUAUUAUGACAGAUGUCACUCGUAUCGAUAUCGUUGAAUGUAUCCGUCGCCAUUUGUUCACCAUUUCAAUCAAUGUGCAGACUGCUCACCCUAUGUCAGUUUUAAAACUGCUUUUGUGAUGAGAAUGGAUUUUAAGUCUUAAAAUUUUUGUUUUUGAAGUUUAGGUGCAAAAUAAGACAGCAAAUUGUCUCGGUCUGUUUUAGAUAAAAGUAAUUGUUCCUUCAAAAACAGCAUAAUGCUGUGUUAGUUCUAGUGUUCAUAUUGCUAUCCGAAGCCACGGGGCGGCUUAUUUUAGUUUCCCAUAAGAUGCCAAGCGAUAUGAGCUGCAUUUACAAAACAGCCAGAGACACCAUGAAAAGACUAGAUUUUUAUAUUCUUAAUGAAACUACUUGCUCUCCAAUACUGAAUGGAACAUGUUAUGUGGUGCAUUCAAAACAACAACUUCAUUUGCCUAAAUCACUGAAAGUUUCUGUCAAGCAUUCCUUCACAGCUUUAUAAAACAGAUAAAAUAGCUGGAUGUUGGAAUGAAUUUAUAAACCAUUGGUUUCGCGCAUGGCAGGACCCAAGACUCCAACAUAAGGGUCUCCUCAGAGAACCUUAAGUAUCCACAUCACAAAAAUUGGAUAAUUGAUCGACUCUUUUUCCUCUCUUCUCGCUCUGAGAGGAGUUUUAAAAAUUGCAACAUGUUAUGUCGGUUUCUAUAGGAUUGCCUAAUGUUUUGUUACUUGAAUUUUAGCGCUACAAUAAUGAAAUGAAACAGUGUAUUAUUACAUAUUCGACAAAGCAUAUGUUGCCCUCUUAUCAUAUUCAGGAAUACGAACGUUUGUAGUGGAAGUUCUCUGUAACUCGUUUCAUUUAAAUGUGGUUCCAAACCUAUGUUUUCUUCGACAUGUUUAUAUCGAUCAUUUGUGUUAGCAUUCUUGUAAAUAUGUUUCAGACAAAGGUUGUUUAAGCGUCUAAAUAUAAUCAUUUACAUAAAUAUUGAGUAAGUGAAACUAAACGUUUAGAAAACAAUGUUUUUCCAAGUGUUGCUUUACGUUUGAAAACCAGUUUUGCUUUCCAUUUUCAACAACAUAUCGGGGACAAAAUUACAAUAGGUUUAAUAAUAUUUGUUUAGAUCUACAUACCUCAAAUAUUUUUUAACAAAUCUUUCAUUACCCUCAAUAGGUUGGCUAUCUACCAUUAGCACUGAUUUGAAUUGAA